CAUUUACCCUCCCUUCUUUCGAGGUUGGGUUGGGCCGUUUUCUCUGCCGCAAACCCUAGCUAGGGUUCUUCUACGGUCCUCGCCCUCCGAUCUCCUCGCUAGGGUUUGCUGAUUUCUUUCCGCGUGCUCGUGCUUUUAGGCGGUCCCGAUCCCUUGGUCCUCAUGGAAACAGCUCGCAAGAGGAUGAGGCCAGAGGCCGCGAACGGAGGCGCAGCUGGACAGAAGCGACUAAAGGAAACGGAGUCAUUCCAACCUGGUCUAGGAAGCAAAUCGAAGCCUUGCACCAAGUUUUUCAGCACUGCUGGUUGCCCAUUUGGUGAGGGUUGUCAUUUCCUGCACUAUGUUCCUGGUGGCAUCCAGGCAGUGGCACAGAUGACCAAUCUUGGCAACCCAGCCGUCCCUCCGACAAGAAACCCUGUGUUGCCUCCUGCCAUCCCCGAUGGCCCACCUGGACCUGCUGUCAAGACCAAGAUGUGCAACAAAUACAACACCGCAGAGGGGUGCAGAUUUGGAGAGAAGUGCCACUUUGCCCAUGGGGAAAGAGAGCUUGGCAGGCCCAUCCCAGCAACCCAUGAUGGCCCUAUGGCACCUCCGAUGGGAGGAAGACUGGCAGGGCGCCUUGAACCUCCACCUGCUGGCUUGCCAGCCACGGCAAGCUUUGGCGCCUCAGCCACUGCCAAGAUCAGUGUCGAUGCGUCCCUUGCAGGUGCCAUCAUCGGGAAGGGUGGUGUCAAUACCAAGCAGAUUUGCCGCAUCACUGGGGUCAGGUUGGCUAUUCGAGAUCAUGAGUCAGACCCCAACUUGAGGAACAUUGAGCUAGAGGGUACUUUUGACCAGAUCAAACAUGCUAGUGGUAUGGUUAGGGAAUUGAUCGUCAAUAUUAGCUCUAACACCCCCCUGCCGGUGAAGAAUCCAGCAGGGGCAGCACCUGGUGGCCCUGGUAACAACUAUAAGACUAAGUUGUGUGAGAACUUUUCUAAGGGUUCAUGCACUUUUGGUGAGCGGUGCCACUUCGCUCAUGGGGCAAAUGAGCUGCGUAAAACUUCUGCGUGAGACGCUGCUGUGUUGAGUGGUUUCUGAUAGGUUCGUCUCUUUUUCUUUUACUUUGUGGGUACUGGAUUUAGAAGCUUUUGUAGUAGCGGAUGAAAUUUAUGUGUGGAAUGACUAUUUUAGAGAUUUUAAGUCUCAAUUUACUGUGGCAUGGCGAAGACGGUGUUGUAGAUCCCUUUUUGAAUGUCAGUAAGCUAUUGGUGGUAGGAACAGCAUUAAAGCUUGGAACAUCUAUCGUUAAAAUUUGGUAUUCUGUGUCAUUCUUAAGUAUAUUGAUAGUUUGGUAGUGUUGCCGACC